AUGGAAGUGGGUAAUACCCUGGCCAAUACUGUAGCGAUUGUGGCCAUGGAGUCGAAUGCGAAACUUUGCGAAAUGAUUCAAUAUCUAGCAAGGCCUCACCGUUUGGGUCAAAUGAAUCAUCAAGUGCACUGCUAUGUUACGUAUUCUGAGGGUACCAUUGAGGAAAAGCAGAUGGAGAGGAACAAGAGUAAUCUCCAUGUCGCUGCAUUCACAGACGCAAUGGGAAUGUCUCCAGUAGUUAUUUCAUCAGAUGAAUCGGAUGGUUCAGAUAAGGGGUGA